GUUGUCUGCCCUGGUGAUCUGAAAGUGAUACAGUGACAAAGGAAAAUAGAUUGGGGUCUGUGAGGCUCCGACUCACCAGGAAACCCUGGGUUGAAGUCACCUGUUUAACCAGAAAUGACAGUAUUCUUGUCAUGUUUUAUGAUGUCUAGCUUCUCCACGGGGACUGACAAAUGAUAUGUACAGAAGACAGAGGCAUCUGGCCCAGGGUUUGUCCUGGCUGAUGGGGUUAACACCUGUGCUUUAAAAAGGUGAUGAAAGGGGAGUGGCUCAUGGCAUCAGGGCAAGGCUUUUCCAUCCCAGGCAACGGACGGUUUUAGUGGCUGCAGAACAGCUCACUACCCACCACAGAAAUCCUGGACAAGAAUCAGAGCCUAGUCCAAGGCUGAAGUAUUAGAGGAUUCUUAUAUUUAUAGACUCAGAUACAUUGGUAAGACUCAGGGAGAGACAUUGCAUGUUAUUUUGCAACAGGCAAUAGCCUUUCUGAUGUUAGAGAGAGAUUGUGCCCCAUCUCUCACAGGCUUGCUCUUCCUCUCUCCCUCUCCCUCUCCAAGAGCCAAUGUUUGUGUGGAAAAUCAUCCCUAUUUCUUGACUCUGGUCCAAACCAUCAUAUUUCUAACAUAUUAAUAAGUAAGCAGGACCCAUUCAAACUCACUCUCUUGAUAAAAGGGUAAGUCGGUUAUUACACCUGUGAUUACUGGCAGUAACUGCAAAUAAUCUCCCUCUCCCUUCAAAAACCAAACAGAACGCAUCCGAGGCACGGGCAUUGUCUACAUACUGCAUCUGUGUGCACCCAUCCACAACGCUGUUCCUUCUAAAUAAGGGUGUUUGUCUGCCAACAGUUUCGACUUUCGCAGCAGAGCUCUUCUUGACAGACAAGAGAGGGGCCCGCAGAGGGAAAUCAUCAUCUGAUUAAGGCUUUCAGGCAAAUUAAAACUCUCUGGACAGGGUCCUGUUUCCUUCACUUAGACUUCAGCGAACAGAAAGUAGAUUAUCUCUCCAGGCAAUUAUCAACUCCAAAAGUGCUUGUGGUUUCAAGACUUUGGCAGAACUUGUUCAAAACAGCAUUAUCAUAAUACUUGUACAAACUCUAAUUUCAAUGGCUCUUCUGUCCCACAUGAUGCAUGAUGAAAUUUGUGAAAGUCUGUUUUUCCCUAGGGGCACGUCUUUUUUUUUUUUUUUCCACAGAGCCAAUCUGCCUCACUUAAGUCCAAACUAUUAUUAACCAUCCCUUUCACCAGACUACAGAACUUCUUUUUUAUGGUCUAUAUCAUGGCCACAAUGCAUCAAAGGUCUUUUUACCGUUCCUCCAGGACUUCCACCAUAAGGAAAGGAGCCCCUGGACCAACAUCCUCUAAGAUGUUUAUAUGGACCAGCGGCCGGACCUCUUCAUCUUACAGACACGAUGAGAAAAGAAACAUUUACCAAAAAAUCAGGGACCACGACCUCUUGGAUAAAAGGAAAACAGUCACAGCACUGAAAGCAGGAGAGGACCGGGCCAUCCUCCUGGGACUGGCCAUGAUGGUGUGCUCCAUCAUGAUGUACUUUCUGCUGGGCAUCACAAUGCUGCGCUCCUACCUGCAGAGUGUUUGGACUGAAGAAUCUCAAUGCACCUUGCUGAAUGCAUCCAUCACAGAAACAUUUAAUUGCUCCUUCAGCUGCGGUUCAGAAUGCUGGAAAGUCUCUCAAUAUCCCUGCCUCCAGGUGUAUGUUAACCUGACUUCAUCUGGGGAAAAGCUCCUUCUCUACCACAAUGAAGAGACAAUGAAAAUCAAUCAGAAGUGCUCCUAUAUACCUAAAUGUGAGAAAAACUUUGAAGAAUCCAUGUCCCUGGUGAAUGUCGUCAUGGAAAACUUCAGGAAGUACCAACAUUUCUCUUGUUAUUCUGACCCAGAAGGAAACCAGAAAAGCGUCAUCCUAACCAAACUCUACAGUUCCAACGUGCUGUUCCACUCACUCUUUUGGCCUACAUGUAUGAUGGCUGGGGGUGUGGCAAUCGUGGCCCUGGUGAAACUCACACAGUACCUCUCCCUGCUUUGUGAGAGGAUCCAACGGAUUAAUAGAUAAAAGCAAACAUGGAUGAAAUAAUUUUUGUUAAAGCUCAAAUACUGUUUUCUUUCAUCUUCACCAAAGAACCUUAAGUUUGUAAUGUGCAGUCUGUUAUGAUUUCUUUAAUAUAUUCUUCUAUGUAGAGCAAUAACGCAAAAGCUGUUCUAUAUGCAAACAUGAUGUCUUUAUUCAGGAGAAGAAAUAACUGUUUUGUGUUGGUUGGUUGUUCUCAUAAUCUUGUUUCAGUGCUGGACCUAGUAUUUCCUUCUCUUGUUCCACCAAAACAGGCUCAGUUACUCAUUUGCCAAGCUUUGUGGAAGAGUGUAGAUGAUAUUGAUGGGAUAAGGUUGGUAUUCUCAGUUGUAAGAUUUCUUGAAGACAAUAUUUCAUCAUCUCUUGUUUACUAAAGCUAUAGCCAAAAAUCUUUUUCUUUUCUUAUUCUAAAUGGAGCCCCAUAGCAAAUGAGAAUCAAAAUUUCCCAAUUAAAAGGUGUUAAAUAUUUUCCUUGUAUUUUUACCAUAUCGCUGGAAAGAAGAGGGGAAACCUAGCCAGCUACUUUUCUUUCAUUACUUUUUAUUCAUAACUUUAAACUUUUUAACUGAUUUCAAAAAGUAAUGUUUUCAUUAACCAAUUCUAUAAUAUCUUCUUGUGAUUUAAAUAGGAAAUUAACAGAGCCCUUUUCCAUUUAAGACCCUGCUACUGUGUGAAGAAAUGAUAUUUAAAAGGAGUUUCAUAGCCUAAGAGCUGACUGAAUGCUAGUAGGUGCUCCAUUUCAAUCCAAAAAUGUCUGUUGCUGAGAUUCUUGUGUGAAAAACCCCAAUUUCAUUUCAACUGAGUUGUUAGAUUGUAAAGUUAAAAUGUUACUUUCUGAUAAAAAUGGAUGGACUUGUUUCAAUGGGUAAAUCUAUUGUGGCAAAUUAACAUGUUGGAAUAUUGUUCUUUGGGAACUUAUUAUUGAAAUAAUGAAUGUGUAGUCUCUCCUUCUGACCAAGUGUUCGCUUGUGGGAUUUUAAAACUAUGUACACAGUAUAUUUGUCUCCUAUACAUGUUUUAUUUUUCUAUUUACAAUUCUUUUUGUUUUUUGGUUGUUAUAUUUUAUACACAGAAUAUACCUUUUUCCUAACACACAUUUGAAUUGAAUAACAGAUUUAAAGGAAGCCUUUGUUCACAUUGCUAUUUAUAUUGUGUUGGGGGGGCGGGGAAUGAGGGGUUGGUUUUAAAUAAAAACAUUCCAUCUUUUAUUUAAUAUCAACAUCAAAAGGAGAAGACAAACAUCUAUCUUUCUCAUUUAUAUUUAAGUACCUUUUUGUAAUGUAGUAUAUUACAUUAUUAUCUUUCUCAUCUAUAUUUAAGUACCUUUUGUAAUAUAGUUUUUUAGGUAUUGCAAAAUUUUACAAAUCACUUUGUGAAGUGAAUGGUAAAACUAAUAUGAUGAAGUGGAAGUUAUUCUGCAAUAUUGUAAUUUAUAGUUUGACUUUUCAUAAGCAAAUAAAUCCCUAGGGUGUGAUCAGGU